UGAAGAAGAAAGCAGAACAGGAAUGGCGGCCGCUGAGGACGAUCAGGAGCUGUCAAUUGUCCACGUCGAGGAAGGCAGCGGCGAAUACAGCAGCGGCAGGGAACCGCUGGAAGCGCCGUCAGAGGAGACGACUACACCAUACGACUACACUUCGGGGGCAGAAGCCGCCCCCGAAAGCGAUGAGGUGGCUUUUCCGUAUGGUGACUACCAGGUCCGUGAGAAGGAAGCCCGCUUCUUCCACGCUGUCGAGCUGCCGACUCACAGUGUUCCGCCUGUCCUGCCCCCGUAUGCCGAAUGGGAGUCGAACCAGCGCAGCAGCGAGGUUUUCCGAACCACGGCGCGAGACGCAGGUGCGGCCUCCCCUCGGCGCUUCAAGGCGCGCCUGUUGGUCGUGUCGGCGGCAGUGUCGUGCUCGCUGGCGGUGGCCGCCUGGCUCGUCUACCGGCAGCUGGCCGAGACGCCCCGACGCUUCGCCGAGAUGCGCGCCGACCAGACCGACUCCAUCGUCGCCGACUACACCGAACCCGCUCUGCCGACGUUCGGCAAAGAGCGGGACUCGGUGGAUGCCGCUGUCGGUGGACCAGACCCCCUGCUUAACGCCACCUUCGACGACCUGCACCAGCUCGGGGCCUGGAGGAGAGCGGUCGUCUCGGGCCGGGACGAUCGGGCCCGCUAGGGCGCACCGGCGUCACUGCCUCGGUGGCGUUCCGGUACAUACUCCCAUAGCCCUUCGCCGUAAGGAGGGACGCGAGCGUCGUCGGGGACUUUUGGCCGGGCAGCGCAUCGUACCAACUUCUUCGAUGCAAUGAUUUGGACGACGUUAUUGCUUUCCAGUUUUCUUCAGUUUAGAAAAUUAUGAUCGACAAUGUGCAACAUAUAUAAACGAAUUUCUCUUGCA